AAAUACAACUAAAUGUAGGGUGAAGUUUAUAAGAAUUAGUGAUAAGGAUAAAAAUUACAUUAAAAAACAUUAACUAAAGACUUUCAGAAUAAAAAAAAAAAACAACAGCUUUGCCCUUUGGACUCCAUUACACAGAUGAGUGAUGCCUGUAAAACUUCUACUCUUCUUUGCAGUAUUGGCUGGCUUAUUCUUGUCUUGGAGUGGUUCAUAUAUUUCAGGAUAAAUAGGAAGAUUCUGUGAGAAGAUGCAUCACUCAUACUUCAUCCUAAUCACACUACUGAUCUUCACUCUGCCUGGUGUACAUGGGGGGAAUAUCCUGGUGGUCCCAUUGGAUGGCAGUCACUGGGUGAACAUGAAAGUCCUGACUGAAGAACUGGCUUCUAGGGGCCACAAUAUCACUGUGAUGCGUGCCUCAAACAGCUGGUACAUAAAGGAAACAUCCCCUCACUACACCUCAAUCACCAUUCCAAAUGAGGGGGGCUUCGACGAAGAGGUCUUCGGUACAUUUGUGAAAAGGCUGCUGCAGAUUCGUAGAGAAGGAGCCUCCUUUUGGAUUCGUAUGAGUGUAGAAAUGGAAAUUAUGAAUCAGUUUUCAGAGAUUAAUAAAAACGUGUGUGAAAUGAUGGCCCACGUGUUUGAGGAUGAGCAGUUAAUGCAGUCUCUCAUGGAUGCUAAAUAUGAUGUUGUUCUAACUGAUCCUGGCUUUGGUGGUGGGGUGCUGCUAGCUCAUCGUCUUAGUCUUCCCCUGGUUUUCAAUGUAAGAUGGACUAUACAAGGGGAGGGUCAUUUCGCAAUUGCUCCCUCACCAUUAUCCUAUGUUCCUUUCCCUGGAGCAGAGUUAACAGACAAGAUGAGUUUUUUUCAACGUGUGCAGAACAUACUGGCAUAUGCUUUUGGAUGCUGGCAGGUUGAAGCCAUUGUAAAAACUCAUUAUGUUGAAUUUUCCAAACGAUAUUUUGGGCCUGAAGUUGACUACUUCUCACUGUUUCAGGCAGCAGAUAUAUGGCUCAUGAGAAAUGAUUUUGUCUUUGAAUUCCCUCGCCCUACAAUGCCCAAUGUUGUGUACAUGGGAGGGUUCCAGUGUAAGCCUGCUAAACCUCUUCCCCAGGACCUGGAUGAGUUUGUGCAGAGCUCUGGAGAACAUGGAGUCAUUAUUAUGUCAUUGGGGACUUUAGUUGGUUACCUUCCCCAAGAUAUAGCAGAAGAGAUAGCUGCUGCUUUUGCCCAACUGCCUCAGAAAAUCAUCUGGAGGCACACAGGAGAAAGGCCAAAGACUCUGGGUAACAACACCCUGUUGGUCAAAUGGAUGCCACAGAAUGAUCUCCUGGGGCAUCCAAAGACCAGAGCCUUUGUGGCGCAUGGAGGAACCAAUGGAGUUCAAGAAGCCAUUUACCAUGGUGUUCCACUAGUUGGCCUUCCCCUGAUGUUUGAUCAGCCUGAUAACCUUUCUAGAAUGCAAGUUAGGGGAGCAGCUAAGAUUGUGGAUAUUGCUAACAUAGACAGAAGCAUCUUCCUCCAGGCCUUACAGGAAGUGCUUCAUGAACCAUCCUACAGGAUGAACAUGCAGAGACUCUCCAGGCUGCAUCUGGACCAGCCAAUGAAACCACUGGACCUUGCUAUGUUCUGGAUUGAGUUUGUCAUUAGACACAAAGGUGCUGCUCACCUGCGCACAGAGUCCUACAGGAUGCCCUGGUAUGCCUACCACUCAGUGGAUGUUAUGAUUGUGUUAUUGGCUGCUGUGUUCUUUAUCCUAUUGACUACUGUUGCUAUCAUCAGAUUUUUGUGCUGCGGGGCAUGUAGAAGAAAAAUAAAAUCUGAUUGAAUGUACUGCAUUGUUAUUUGCUUGAGAAAUGUAACUUCAAAGCUUUACAAAUAAAAGGAAUUGGUGAAAAUACCUCUUGAAAUUAACAACUGCCUGGCCAAGCUAUAUAUUUUAAGUUGUAUUUGUAUUGAUCAGAAAGCUAUUGCUGUAAUUGAAAAUUCUUAGUAAACUCUCUAUUGAACUAUA